AUGGUGGAUAUAAGUCCGAAAAACUUCCUAACAAUUCUAGAUAAGUACAUUUGGGCAGACAAUGUGAUGCCGGUGUUUCACGUAAUGAAUCCACCGGAUUUGCGUGAUGCGCAAGCGCGAGCUCGCCUAAAUGAACUUAUCUAUCGUUUGGAGCAUACUGCAUACAGUAUUGGGAGAGUAUCCACAAAUUUCUGGCUCUGGGAAUAUCAGAGUUUCCUGAACGAUUUCUCAGAUAUCGAUUAUGCGACCAGUUUCUACGAUCAGAAAUAUUUAGCUGAAUUUUUCGAUCAGUUCGAUUAUCAACAAUAUCGAUGUUAG